AUGCAGAUCUUCGUCAAGACGCUCACGGGCAAGACCAUCACGCUCGACGUCGAGCCCAGCGACACGAUCGACAACGUGAAGCAGAAGAUCCAGGACAAGGAGGGCAUCCCUCCGGACCAGCAGCGCCUGAUCUUCGCGGGCAAGCAGCUCGAGGAUGGCCGCACGCUCAGCGACUACAACAUCCAGAAGGAGUCGACGCUCCACCUCGUCCUUCGUCUUCGCGGCGGCCACUGCCAGGUGCCUUGCGGCAUCUUCGACGACCCGAAGCUCGUCGCGGAGCUCCUCGAGGCGUGCGCGACGAUCGAGAAGGCCAUGGCGCAGAUCCAGGAGCUCUACGGCAAGAUGUCCGAGGGCCCGCUCGUGCUGAACCAGAUCACCCGCUGGAUCAACACCAAGGAGGAGCACUGCGCGAAGAUCAUCGACCUCAUCUCGAACUACUGCCUCUGCCAGCGCUGCAAGCCCUUCGGCACGCCCGGCUCGCCCUUCAAGACCAAGGAGGACUACACGGACGCGCUGCUCGCCCACCACGCCGUCAUGAGCGCCGCCAUGAAGGCCAAGCAGAACGUCGACCCGUCCUUCUCCGCGGGCCUCAAGCACGCCGUCGGCGACGCGACGCUCAUGUACAAGCCCGUCGCGCCGCCCGCGGCCCCAUGA